AUGGUGCAGCAGUUGGAGAUCAAUAACUUAGACUUUGAGGAGCUAAAAAGGAACGUGGAGUUCACUGCCGUAUUACUGGAGGCACUUUACACCGAUAGGACAGAACCUUCCUUGGACGUUGAUGAUGAUCUACAGCUCCGCUCUGAUGUUGUUCCUGUUGAAGUUCGUGAUUGGCUCGCGUCCACAUUUUCUCAGACAGUCCAGCCAAUCCGGCGUCGUCUAGAGGAGAAGCCAAAAUUCCGUAGCAUCGUUCAUGCAGUACAGGCUGGGAUAUUCGUGGAACGGAUGUUCCGUAAGGCGUACUCCACCGCCAUCCCAGAUCAACCUGCUGAUGUGCUCCUCUGUUUACGGGAUUUGGACAAGUGGAGUUUCGAUGUGUUUGCUCUGGAUGUCAGCAGCUCAGGCCAUUCACUACAAACACUCUUCAUCGAGCUGGUCAUCAAACACCAACUGAACAGCAGAUUUAAGGUUCCGAUCUCUUGUUUGAUGUCAUUCCUAAGUGAGUUGGAACGUGGUUACAGCAAACACACAAAUGCGUAUCACAAUCAAAUACACGCUGCCGACGUCACACACACCAUUCACUGUCUUCUGCUGCACACCGGAUUACUGUACUGGUUGACAGAGCUGGAGGUGUUAGCAUGUCUGUUUGCAGCAGCCAUUAAUGAUUAUGAACACACAGGAAACACCAACAACUUCCACAUUCACACACGGUCUGACUUGGCGAUGAUCUACAAUGAUCGGUCGGUGCAGGAGUGUCAUCAUGUCAGUGCCGUUUUCCGCCUCCUGCAGGAUGAAAACAUGAACAUCUUCAUGAACCUGACACGAAAUGAAUGGCUUGAGCUAAGGUCUCUGGUGAUAGAGAUGGUGUUGGGAACAGACAUGUCCUCUCACAUUCUACAGGUUAAAGCUAUGAGGACAUGUUUACAGCAGCAUGAAAGCAUUGAUAAAGCAAAGGCGUUGUCUUUGAUUCUUCACACGGCUGAUAUCAGUCAUCCUGCUAAAUCCUGGAGUUUACACUCACGCUGGACCCCCAGACUAAUGGAGGAGUUUUUUACACAGGGGGCUAAAGAAGCUAAACUGGGUUUGGCUAUCUCUCCUCUGUGUGACAGACAGAAAACACCUGUCGCUCAGUCUCAGAUCGCUUUUAUAGAGUUUAUUGUGGAGCCAACGUUUUUAUUAAUCAGUGACAUGUCUGAGAAAAUCAUCAUCCCUCUGAUACAGGACUCGACUGAGCCAUCAGCAACCUGCAGCAGAUACAGAGGACUACAGUGGACUGUGGCGGACCUCGUUAGCUUCAGAUCCAUGUGGAUGAGACACACUGAGGAGAACAAGAGCAAUUGGAGGGACAAAAUGAAUAAUGGGGGUGUCUGAUUCCAAAUAUAAGUCUAAAACACUCUCAGAAAAAGAAACAGCAUGAGGGGAAUAUUUACCUGAUAAAUGUGAGAUGAGAAAGAUGAUCUGUGGCCUGAAUAUUGUGCUGCAGUUGUAAUGCAUAAUUAAUUCUACACAUUUCUAAAUUAUAAUUUUUAAUAAAUACCUCCUUUAAUCCUGAGUGUAUAUAUAAUAUUGCUAUAUACAACCACAUCACACACACACACACCCCACCGUAAGACUCUGUAGGUUCUUUACGUCUGAUAAAGAUCUGAACAUCUGUAUGUGUGUGAGAGAGAGUAAUGAUACAAUACACAGUUACGCACAAUAACAUUUUAUUCAUAAGAGCAAAGUGGAUCAGUGCUUCAGAGUGACAGGUUUCAUCAGUGCAGCGCAUUAAGCCUCCACUAGGGGGGC